CCCGACCGUCCUUGCACAGGUUCGGCAUCCGUAGUGAGCCCGGAAGCCCUGACUGGCUAUGAUCAUCAGGUUGAACGCCGAAGGCUGCCUCCAGUGCGGUCAACUCGAGCCGCUCUGUGAGUGGGAUGCAGCGAACAGCAGACGUCUUCCGCUUCGAGGCUCGAUUGCAAUCAGCUCGGAUCCUUGGCCGAGGCUGCUGAUUGGUCGGGCGAUCCUCGAAGCGGAUGCGGGGCUGGUGCCGCGUGCUCGUAUGGCCUCGGGUCAGUGUGGCCAAGCACAUUGUUAGACGGAUUCGGUAGGCGUAGGGCUCAAUACUCCGGCAGUCGUGAACCUGUCUCGCAACAACGUCUUCCUUCCCUCCGACCACCACCUCCCCCGACCUUACGUCGUACGCAACGAGCUCGCCCUAAUGAAGCUGUCCACUCCUUUUAUUCUUCUUGCUGCCGCCAUCGGCGUCGUCGAGGCCUCCGGCCACGACGGUCUUUCUCGCGUGGCCGCCCGCCACCACGAAGUUGCGCGUCACAACAACGACAGUGCCGCAGCUAAGCGUGCCAGCACUGGUCGCUGCAAGGUCCGGCCUUCCAGCACUCUCGUUCACACUUCCACUCCCACCUCCACCUCCACCUCCACCUCCACCUCCACCUCCACCUCCACCUCCACCUCCACCCACGCGUCGUCUUCCACGCACAAGACUACCUCCACUAAGAAGACCUCUCCUACUGAAUUGACGACGACUAGCACCAAGUCGUCGUCCGGAAGCAAGAGCGGCUCCAACAACAACUCCGGUGUGACCAGCAACGUCGCGGGCCUAGUUAAGGUCACAGACUGGUCUUGCGGUGCCUCCGGUGCUAGCAAGCAGAUCACAGCCACGGAUGGCCCGAACGGUAAUAUCGACUGGAUGAACUGCGGCCUCUAUGACGGUGGCUGGAAUCCCCCUCAUGUUACUGUGAACGAUGUUAUCACCGUCGAUCUGGGCGCCGCUCUCGGUGACCCGAACACCCCUUUCAAGGCGUGCGGCCCGUAUAUCGACUUGUUCUACAAGUACGCUGGCGAGCAUGGCAUUCCCCCGAUCAUUGUCGCCUCCAUCGCCAUGCAGGAGUCUACGUGUAACGUGCACGAGGUUGGUGGCGGAGGCGAGCAGGGUAUCAUGCAAAUCUCGAAGGACAAGUGCGGCGGCGCACCCGGCGGCAAUUGCCAGGAUCCGGACUUCAACAUCCGGACUGGCGUUGCGUUCUUCGCGCAGACCCUCAGCGACAACGGCGGUAACCUGCUUUUGACGCUUGGCAACUACAAUGGCUGGCCCAAGGGUAUGACGGUGGCGUCGGCGACCGCGGCUAGGUGGACGGACUGCUGCCUGUGCCAGAACAACUUGGACUACCUCGUGCAGUACCUGAACGGUUGGUUCCUCAACAGGGACCCCUACACCGGCACCCCCCGCAUCGGCAAGUUCUUCAACCUCGACGCCUGCCGCUAAGGCUAGACUCAACUCGUAACGAUGAUCGUUGGGGGAGCUCGGCCGCGUAGCGGGCGUGUCUAUCUGAUGUGGCCCCGCUUUGACCUUCUGUGUUACUAUGCUCUUGCGCUUGGGAUUUGACGAAAAUAUACCCCGUCCACUCUGGUUGGACCACCACAUACCUGCCAUGAUCGCCAUGGCUGUCCCUGUUUCGUUCGUGGUUACUGAUGAGAGGGAUUCUGCUUAUGUAGGAGUAUAGUGCCUUCUAUCGUAGCUAUCCGCGGAAUAGUACACCUGUGCAUUAUACCAAGUGAGACCCGCUGCCGACAGUCAUUUGUU